GCCAGCUGCUGCUGCCCUUUGCAGAGGUGUUCAAGCUGUGCGUGCGGACGGUGCUGGAGGGGACGCGGAGCGCUGGCACCCAGCUGGUCUUCGUCCCCUCGCAGCGGGACGCCCACCACGACUUCGUGUACCCGCAGCCGCCCUUCGUCUGCCCCGAUCUGCCCAAGGAGGACAAAGCGCGGGCGCACUUCAUGCCGGAUCCCUGCACCCUGGACAUCGACGGGGUGGUGCUGGGCCUCACCUCCACCGACCUCCUGUUCCACCUGGGCACCGAGGAGAUCAGCAGCUCCUCUGGGACCUCGGAUCGCUUCACGCGGAUCCUCCAGCACAUCCUGACGCAGCGCAGCUAUUACCCCCUGUACCCCCCAGCAGAGGAGAUGAACGUGGACUACGAGAGCUUCUCCACCUUCGCCUCGCUGCCCGUCACCCCCCACGUCCUCGUCACCCCAUCGGAGCUGCGUUACUUCGUUAAGGAGGUGCUGGGCUGCGUCUGCAUCAACCCCGGCCGGCUGACCAAGGGCCGGGCAGCGGGGACCUACGGGCAGCUGUGCCUGCAGGAGCAGCGCGACGGCAAGCCGAGGAACCCCUGCGUGGCUGCUCAGGUCAUCAGGAUUUAGGAUGACACCGGCCAGACCCCCAAAACAGCCCCGAAUUUGGGGUUUGGGGGACAAUUUUCCACCAUCCAGACCCCCAAAAUACCAGGAUGGGGGGUUUUGGGUGUUUUUUCACCUUUUUUAGCACUUUCUGCCUCAAAGUUCUAUCAAGAAACCCCCAAAAAGGGCUGAAACGAC